AUGAGUGACAACAAGGAAGACAGUACAGUGGAUAACAGUAAUUCUACAGAAGAAGUACCACUUCCGACUAGGUUUGAAGUUGAACUGGAAUUUGUACAAUCAUUAGCGAAUAUACCAUAUGUCACAUAUCUUCUUACUCAGCAGCAACUAUUGUGGAAGGAUCCGAAGUUCAAAAACUAUCUGAAGUAUCUAGAAUAUUGGUGUGAACCACCUUAUGCACAAUGUAUAGUAUACCCUAACGCUUUAUUCAUUCUAAAACUUCUGAACGGCUUUAUGGAAAAAGCUACAGUAAAUGAAGAUGGUUUGCUUGAUGGACUGGAAGAUCUUCCAAAGGUUAUACAAUUACAGGGAAAUCAAUGGAUGAAUGAGAUGGUAGAGAGAUGGGCCAACUGA